UUGAUAAUAAGGAAUGAUGUUGGAAAAGAACAAAAAGCAGGCUCACUGGACGCGACUACGAGACUUGCCCAAAAUGGCCUCGGACAUGUACGGUUUUAGGUCCGGGCGCUCCCAAGCUCUUUCUCUCAAAGUGGGCCGCCAGUGCAAGCUUCACGCACAUGUACGUCUUUGAGUUCUUGGACCUGAGUCUCGAGUCCGGAAUUGAGGUCCGCUACAGUGAAUUUCCUGCUCAUCAGACACAGGUUGAACACCAGAGAUGGGACUCUCUCUAUGGCUGGUUCCCCCAGAACCACAAUCUACCCAAAUUUCUCGCAUCAUGUCUUUCAAAACGAAUAGCGCAAAAUCUCCCGCCUCGUUUCCUCGCUUUCAUCCUCACAUCACAUUGUCAAGCGUAUCCAGUGAUACAGACAUAUCCAAUCUACGGUCUGCCGUCCCCGCUGGACAAGUUAAAGUGCCUAUUCAUUUCAAGUCAGUUGAUGUAGGAGACAAGUAUUACAUGUCUGCUUAUGUCUCAGUGCAUCACUCUGAAGAGUUGAGUGCUCUUAGGGAUAAUUUGAAGGAGGCUUUGGGGGAAGAUACGGUGCCGCCUUUGGCACAUGUGUCGUUAUUCUAUAUCGAUGAUGUUGAUGCUGGAGAACGACAGAAGAUUUUCGAACAACUGAAUGAGGGGGGGAGGAUCAUUUCAAAAGAUGAUCACUCUGUUGCCUUGGAUUGUACGGAGGGAGACGCACGAGGGCAAGAUGUUAUUGAUGGCUUUGUAGCAUGCGAGAUUUGGAUAGCACUUUGCGAUGGGCCAGUUGAGGCUUGGACCAUAAAGGACAAGAUACAGCUCAAAUGAUAUACACUGCAGUUUGGGACAGGAGAAGCAUCGACCUCUUUUGUAGCAGCUAAAACGAUACUAAUAGUACACCGGAAAUUAUCUGACAAGAAUGUAUGAUUACACACGAACGAAGGAAGCCGUAGCGAUAUGAGAGACUAUGCGCUUGCGCAUGUCAGAG